AUUGUGAUCCUGCCUGUCGUACCGCUGAAUUUAGUAAUGUCCCUACCCUGCUUGGGAAUCUAUGGAAGACGUAUAAAAUGACAGCGGCUUCAGGGCCGCCAAAAGAAAGAAAAAAGGAAGCGACCAACUUUUUCCUUCCCUCACAUUUUCCUCUCAACCUUCUUCUCUUCACUUCAUCGCGCCCAUAAUGACUCUCGACGUCCUUUCAACAGGCUCCGAUUUCCUUUUUCCAUCGGCCUCCCCUGUGCCAAAACUAGUGGCAGACCCCACGCCGGCUCAGAAUUCUAUUGACUGGGCUAGCGAAGAAUAUUUCAGCACGGUAUUGGAUAAGAUCCUCAAGCCAGAAAAUAUCCGUACCUUGAAUAAUUUCGUCGAGAAACCCCCAACUUCCCUUCAAAAGAAGUCAGAGUCUUGCUGGCAUGACCCAUUCCUACUUGUAUUGGAUCCUCCCCGUGUCAAUAUUGACAUUCGCGCCGCUCUCAAGGGUGCUCUCUCUGCUAUUGAUAAUGAAAUGCAAGAUAGUACAAAGAGUAAGUUUGGUAUUGACGAUUCAUGGAGAAAGGAAACGAUUGAGGCUUUGGAGGAAGACAAGCCCAUCGUUGCACCUAGCCAAGCCAUCUUUUAUGAUGAGCUAUUACCUUCCCCCUGCUACUCUACCAUCUCCGAGAACCCUAUCAUCGAAUCUUCAUUCGUGUUCUCUCCCAUGGCUUCCGUCAUCGAGGAAUCCAUGAUGUUCCCUAUCGCCCAUCACACACCAUUACCCACCGUUCAAGAAAUCCCAGACGACAUGGUGGCACCCAAACAACACAACACCAAAUCUAAGAUUGUUAGCAUGAUGAAGAAGGUGAAGCAAUCUGUUAGCAAACCAUUUGUGAAGAAUGAAACUCCAAACCCUUUCAAGCGAUUGUUCAGUAAGCGAUGGUAAGAUGGGAAAGAAGCAAAAAUUGGAUAUUCGAAGCACGUCUUCGGAUUGAAAAGUGUGGACAAAACGAAAAAUCUUUGAAAACCGACACCAAAAAAAACUGAAAGUUGAAAAGAAAAGAAAAAUGCCCCAUAACAAAAAUCAUCAUCGCAUCAUAUCAUCAAAAGGCAGCACAAUGCUGCCUUGUUACAAAACAUACAAUCCCUUGUAAUUAUAUUCAUAUCCUAUACCAAGACGUAACCUUUUCCCUCUCUCUAUUGGAGCCUUUCGA